AUGGAUGACGAUUUCGGACACCUGGACGACGUCAAGGCAGCGCAGAGCAGCAACGAGGAAGAUAGUAACGGGGACAAGCACGAGGUGAAGGCUACGCUGGGGCAAGGCGAGGAGCCGAAGCAGUCGGAUGUGACUUUCUACGUCCAAACAGCGUGGAGUGCGUUUGUGUCUGCUCUCGCGGCUGACGACCUUGCGUCGGCCUCGUCUAUCCUGUUCGGUCCCGACGCCGUGACGCUCAUGGCUCCGGGUGCUGACAGCGUGACUCUUGCAACGGAACAGGAGAAGGCAAACCUGCUCAAUGACGCGGCACCUGUUUUCAAAUUGGCACGUUUGGAGGAGGUUCGGGGCCUCACAUCGAUCCUGCCUCGAUCGAUGGGCACACCGGUGUGCCCAACUGUCUUUUGCGAUCGCCUAGACACACCGAGCCUCAAGUGA